AUGGCUGAGCACAGCAGUAGCCGUGCUUGGAGGGUCCAGCCUCUAGCCUCUCUCAGUGACAGGAUGAUUAUGACCGAGAGCACAACGGUUCUCUUGAAUCUGAGCUUCCCCGUAGAGUGGAAUCAGUCUGACUCUAGACCGGAGACACCUGACAAGGAGAAGAACUGGCCUGCUCUGCUCAUCUUAGUGGUCAUCUUCUUCACUGUGGCGGGCAACAUCCUGCUCAUCCUAGCUGUGUCUCUAGAGAGGAAGCUGCAGAAUGCCACCAGCUUCUUCCUGCGCUCCCUGGCUGUGGCAGACAUGCUCGUGGGUUUUCUCGUCAUGCCGGUCUCACUGAUCAACAUCCUCUAUGGUAGGUACGGUUGAAGUCGGAAGUUUACAUACACAUUAGCCAAAUACAUUUAAACUCAGUUUUUCACAAUUCCUGACAUUUAAUCCUAGUAAAAAUGCCCUGUCUUAGGUCAGUUAGGAUCACCACUUUAUUUAAGAAUGUGAAAUGUCAGAAUAAUAGUAGAGAGAAUGAUUUAGUUCAGCUUUUAUUUCUUUCAUCACAUUCCCAGAGGGUCAGAAGUUUAUAUACACUCAAUUAGUAUUUGGUAGCAUUGCCUUUAAAUUGUUUAACUUGGGUCAAACGUUUCAGGUAGCCUUCCACAAGCUUCCCACAAUAAGUUGGGUGAAUUUUGGCCCAUUCCUCCUGACAGAGCUGGUGUAACUGAAUCAGGUUUGUAGGCCUCCUUGCUCAAGCACGCUUUUUCAGUUCUGCCCACAAAUGUUCUAUAGGAUUGAGGUCAGGGCUUUGUGAUGGCCACUCCAAUACCUUGACUUUGUUGUACUUAAGCCAUUUUGCUACAACUUUGGAAGUAUGCUUGGGGUCAUUGUCCAUUUGAAAGACCCAUUUGUGACCAAGCUUUAAUUUCCUGACUGAUAUCUUGAGAUGUUGCUUCAAUAUAUCCACAUACAUUUCCUUCCUCAUGAUGCCAUCUAUUUUGUGAAGUGCACCAGUUCCUCCUGCAGCAAAGCACCCUCCACAGCAUGAUACUGCCACCCCCCGUGCUUCACGGUUGGGAUGGUGUUCUUCGGCUUGCAAGCAUCCCCCUUUUUCCUCCAAACAUGACAAUGGUCAUUAUGGCCAAACAGUUCUAUUUUUAUUUAAUCAGACCAGAGGACAUUUCUCCAAAAAGUAUGAUCUUUGUCCCCAUGUGCAGUUGCAAACCGUAGUCUGGCUUUUUUAUGGCGGUUUUGGAUCAGUGGCUUCUUCCUUGCUGAGCGGCCUUUCAGGUUAUGUCGAUACAGGACUCGUUUUACUGUGGAUAUAUAUACUUUUGUACCUGUUUCCUCCAGCAUCUUCACAAGGUCCUUUGCUGUUGUUCUGGGAUUGAUUUGCAUUUUUCGCACCAAAGUACAUUCAUAUCUAGGAGACAGAACGUGUCUCCUUCCUGAGCGGUAUGACGGCUGCGUGGUCCCAUGGUGUUUAUACUUGCCUUCAGGCAUUUGGAAAUGGCUCCCAAGGAUGAACCAGACUUGUGGAGGUCUACCAUUUUCUUUCUGAGGUCUUUGCUGAUUUCUUUUGAUUUUCCCAUGAUGUCAAGCAAAGAGGCACUAAGUUUGAAGGUAGGCCUUGAAAUACAUCCACAGGUACACCUCCAAUUGACUCAAAUGAUGUCAAUUAGCCUAUCAGAAGCUUCUAAAGCAUUACAUAAUUUUCUGGAAUUUUCCAAGCUGUUUAUAGGCACAGUCAUCUUAGUGUAUGUAAACUUCUGACCCACUGGAAUUGUGAUACAGUGAAAUAAUCUGUCUGUAAACAAUUGUUGGAAAAAUUACUUGUGUCAUUCACAAAGUAGAUGUCCUAACCGACUUGCCAAAACUAUAGUUUGUUAACAAGAAAUGUGUGGAGUGGUUGAAAAACUAGUUUUAAUGACUCCAACCUAAGUGUAUGUAAACUUCCGACUUCAACUGUAGGUAGGUGGUAGGUUGAGCUCUAUUAGCAAAGCAAAGCAGUGAUUGUUUACCCUCGGAAUAAUGAUCUAUUGAAAGCAGCUAGGGAUACGAGGCUUUACUGUGAGGGGAUGUUAGUGGAUGAGGAAGACGGUGAGGAAAAAUAUCCUGGGUAACAUGUUAUGGCAUGUCUACCGGAGCAAACAAAUCAGGCUUUUAUGUCUAUGUUAAUUGGUCCAAUUGGUCAAGCCCCUUAGACGAGGAUAAAGGGACAGUUCGUUAUGUUGAUGGCGACUAAAUGGAGAUAAUUUGAGUAGACAGAAAGACAUUCUAAUGUGAGAUUACCCCCCUUCCCCGUUCCCACACAAUUCCCUUAUCUCAGUAAGCCCUAUUACUUUGAGCGGCAUUGAAGAGUUUGUUUAUUUUAGAUCUUCCCUCUUAAACUUUGAUUACUUUCAUGCCAUUUAAGGCUUAAAGACUUUGAUCGGGUAUUUUUGUAGUUACAUCAUAGCAGUCUAUUUGUUGAUCAAUGAGACUGAAAAAUUACCUUGGAUUUGUUUGCAUGGUCACAAAGUGCCGAUUUGAUAAUGAAAUAUCAGUAAUUGUUAGUGAACUGUUCCUGUUCAUCCCUUAGACUACGUGUGGCCAUUCCCCAGACCCCUCUGUCCCGUCUGGAUCUACCUAGACGUGCUGUUCUCCACAGCAUCCAUCAUGCACCUGUGUGCUAUCUCACUGGACCGCUAUGUGGGCAUCUGUAACCCAAUCCAACACAGCCGCUCCAACACCCUCUUCAAGGCCAAGGCUAAGAUCGCCCUCGUCUGGACCAUCUCCAUAGGUGAGUCCAUGCUGACAUAGUUACUGUAAAUCUGGAGAAAAAAAAGAUUAAACAAGAGAUCUAGCUAAAUAAUUUCCUCCUACUGUGUUGUCUGUGUGUCUGGAGAGAUAGUCAGUUACUCUGUGACAUGCUUUCUGUUUUGCCUUUGAAUAAAAAACAGCAGUGCUCUUUUCUACAGUCUGUCAGAAAGCCAAACUGACCCUUUCCCUCUUACCUCUCCUGGGGCUGUCUGACAUCUUCACCCUGAGAGAUGCUCUAAACAGGGACAACAGGACAAGCCAUGAUGGACUCAUGGCUCAAGGCUUUUUGGUUUCACAGAAAUGGGAGAGCCAGUCAACCUGUUAGCUUGUUGACUUUAUCUAAAAACCUCAUCCACUUUCUCCGCCCUCAUGUCCUUCCUUGAAAGCACCCGGUGGUCAAUUUGUUUAAUCAUUAUGCUUCCCUCCUCUAAUCUAAAAAUAUAAUGUUUUUGAGAUAGAUGUAGCCAUGUUUGUGCAUUGGUUUAAAUAUGACAAUAAUAAGUUAUAUGAAUUGUCCUGUCCCGUCCAUCUCUCUCUCUCUGACAGUGAUCUCCACUCCCAUCGCUGUGAUUGGCCUGUAUGAUGAGGGGAAGGUGUUUGUCAACGGGACCUGUGUACUGAACGAGCACAGCUUCGUCCUGGUGGGCUCUUUUGUAGCCUUCUUUGUCCCUCUGGUCAUCAUGGUGGUCAGCUACUAUUUGACUGUGCGUGUGCUGCAGCACCAAGCUUCUGAUUUCCUGCAUGGAGGCCAGGGUUCGAUCAACCAGUCGGUCUUACUCAGGAUCACCCCAAGGUCCCCUGCAGGGGACGGUCUCCGCCUCCUCAAACAGGACCCUGCCCCUGAGGCCUUGCCAGCUGUUGGUUCCUCCGAUGUUUCCGUCUCUCAAGCCUCCCUUCAACCCAUCUCUCCAGCAGGGAGACUGGAGCCAGGGGGAGCUGGUGGGAGACCUGGCAUGGCUCAAUCAAUAAAAAAUGAGAGGAGAGCUUCCAUGGUCCUGGGUGUGGUGUUUUUCCUCUUCCUGAUUAUGUGGUGUCCAUUCUUCAUCACCAACGUGCUGAGUGUGUUGUGUGAGGACUCGAUAAUAAGCUUGUGCAAUAAGCCUGUGUUGGCAGUGCUCCUAAAGGUCUUUGUUUGGGUGGGAUAUGUCUCCUCUGGUGUCAACCCACUGGUCUACACUCUAUUCAACAGGACCUACAGACAGGCCUUCCACCGCUACCUACAGUGUAUCUACCAUAGCACGCCAGCCAACCCUACCGUUCCUGGUUAUACCGUCACACCUAUUCUCUGCAGUAAAGAUGCCAACGACUGUAGCUGUAACAGCCACAAUGGGCAUAAAGGGGACAUGAAAGGAAGAAUGGGGUUGGAGAGAGAGGGUACAGGGUCUGGGAUGUUGGCCAGCGUCUGUCCCACCCCCACUGAGGAUGUCAGCUGUGUCUGAACUGGCUGGCCUCCUGUCUUUCCCCUCCAGGCUCUCUCUACAUACAAAACAUUGUUGUGACACAGCCAUAGGGCGGCGCACAAUUGGC